ACUCAUUGUUAUUGAAGCAAUUGCGAGUAACGGUUCGUGUUGGUUGUGACUGGAAACAAAUAAAAAAAAAAACAAAUGCAGUAAAGCUCAAACUUGAAACGAAAAUUAUUUGAAAUAAGAAAACAAAUAACAAAUAAACGACAUAUUUCCUAUAAAAAACUGAAGCUUAAACUUGAAAAGAAAAUUAUUUGAAAUAAGAACAAAUAGAUAAUAAAAAAUAAACAAUAUAUUUGUGCAUAUUUCCCAUAAAAAACUGUCUAGUUGGAAAGCACAACAAAUAAAAGAUAUUUAUCAAAACACAUUUAAAGCACCGUAAACAGGACGAUAGAAAAUGAAUUUAUCUUUUGCUGGCUGUGGUUUCCUUGGAAUCUAUCAUGUCGGCGUUGCUGUUUCAUUUAGAAAGUACGCCCCUCAUUUGCUUCUAGAGAAAAUUGGAGGCGCCUCCGCUGGCUCCCUGGCAGCAUGUUGCCUGCUCUGCGAUUUGCCACUGGAUACCAUGACUUCGGAUUUCUUCCGGGUGGUAAACGAGGCGCGUCGGCACUCGCUCGGGCCUUUCAGUCCGUCGUUUAAUAUACAGACCUGCUUGCUGGAGGGUCUCCAGAAGCAACUGCCCCUUGACGCACAUAAGCGGGUCAGUGGUCGCUUGCACAUCUCGCUGACGCGGGUUUAUGACGGCCAAAACGUGAUCAUCUCGGAGUUUGAGUCUCGAGAAGAGGUGCUCCAGGCCCUGCUCUGCGCCUGCUUUAUUCCCGGUUUCUCAGGAAUUUUGCCUCCGCGCUUCCGGGGUGUGCGUUACAUGGACGGUGCAUUCUCGGACAACUUGCCCAUCCUAGAUGAAAACACAAUUACUGUCAGCCCUUUCUGUGGCGAAAGCGAUAUUUGUCCGCGAGAUCAGAGCUCGCAGCUAUUUCAUCUCAACUGGGCCAACACAAGUAUCGAAAUUUCACGGCAAAAUAUUAACCGCUUUGUACGCAUUCUAUUCCCGCCAAGGGCAGAGUUCCUCUCAACGUUCUGUCAACAGGGAUUCGAUGAUGCACUGCAAUUUCUGCAUCGCAACAACUUAAUCAAUUGUCGACGUUGCAUAGCUGUUCAGACCACAUUUGUGGUAUCCGAAACCAUUGCAGUGCCGCAAGACUUUGAUGCAGAGUGUCACGAAUGCAAAAAGCAUCGAAAGGAUGCUUUGAGCUCAAACAUGCCUGAGACUGUGCUCGAUGUCAUUCAAGACUACAUAGAACAGGCAAACAAAGGUUUAGCCAAUUGGAUCUUCAAGCAUCGCGGCGUUAAAUUGCUCUCGCUGCCAGCCACUGUACCAAUGGACUUUUUUUUGGCCACAAUAUCAAAGCUCACGACCUUAACGCCAAAACUGACUAAACAAAUGCGACACCUAGUUGAGGAGUUUAUUGUACAGCUAAACAAUACUAUGCAUGUUCGUUUCCUCAACAGAUUCACACUUUACGAUCAGCCGCAUUUUGACACAACUGCUCUGAUGCACUCCAAGCAUUUGUAUGGACCACAAGUUUCAAUAAUUGUCGAUGAAUGUGGCGCUACACCUUUGGAUAGCGAUGUCGAUCAAGUUCUUCAGAUGAGCACGCAUAACGACACUCUAUAUGCCUAUUAUUACUCAGAUAAUAAUACCAACAAUGCUCAAGUGACUGAAAUUUUUGAUAUCGAUGACUUGACAAACAAUGAGUUGCAAAUACAUAAAGGGUCGAUCGAGGAAUAUUCUAAUGCGCAUCAGGACUAUCACAAUACUUUAGUCAGUGAAUGGAGUGACCUUGAAUCAGUAAAAGUUAUGCCAAAGACACCUGAAUUACACGAUGUUGCCUUUUAAAGCCUUCAUAGAUCAAAAAAGUUGCAUAAAAUAGUUUUUAACCUUCUAUUCGAGAAAUUAAAUCAAUUAUUAAAAGAUGAUCAAACGCCUAGCUUUCCCAACUUCGAAAGGUAUCAUGAGGCUGAUUUGUACAUAGAAAUUUGAUAAGAAAUAUUUGAUGUAAUGCAGGUUUAGUCUUUAUAUAAUGUAACGACGCCAAAGUGGCUUGUAGCCAAUCAAUUAUUUCAUUUAAAUUUUAUUAUAAAAUAUAUAACAUAUUAUAUUUAAAAAUUAAGUUAAUAACCCAGUACCUAAAUUUAAACUAUUUAAGAUUACAUAUCCCAAAUAUACAGUAUGAUAUAUUUGUAAGAAAUCGUAAGAACUAAGUUGAGGUAACAUAUAAUAAAUUUGUAUUAAACAUUGGGUAAAAAAAAAACACUAUUCAAAUGGUUAAUUUUUCUCCAAAUGCUUAGAAUCUAAUCAUAUUUUAGGAAAGACUUGCUUGUUUACCAUAUACCUCUUAUAUGUGAAGAUAUUUACUUACGUAUUUUAUUCAAAAUAUUAAAAUCACAAUUAAAAUAUGUUAAAACAUUGAAAAACUGCAUCUUUGUACUUCUGAAACCCGAAUAUCUACUCAGCUAUAACUUUCAUUAGCAUUUUAUAAAACAUACCGAUCUUAUGUGAACUAUAUAGUAUAGAAGUCCGCUUCGGCAGAAUUCGACGUAUGUACAUCAUGCAGCAAAAAUACGGAUGUCUCACGUUUCAUAAAGAUUGUUUUUUACUUUGCAUACUGAAGCUUUUCAAAAAUAUUUGUACUUUCAGGGAUUGGAUAUGACAUCUUUAAUGUAUUAAAAUCGUUAUGAUAUAGCUAAUUCUCAAAACAAGUGCCGACCUGCACAUAGCUGAAGGUGCUUGCAGUUUAAUAUAUAUGUAUAUGGCUUUGCGCUUUUCUGUGACACACGUCUCUGCUCGAAAUGAGAACUUAUAUGCAUUUCUAACAGAAAACCAACAAUAGACCAACCUUCUCAUCUUUGAAGUUCAUUAAAACGCAUCGAACAUUUUUCAUUGGCUUCUUCUCUUCAUAUUAAGCGAAAUCAUUAACCUUUUUUUGAAAACCCAAUUUUAGUGUCAUAAGCAAAAAUGUAGCAAUAAUAUUAACUGAUUACUGCUUAGCAUUAUUCAGAUUUCGAAAAGUUUUUAAUUAUUCUAGCGAAUUAUUUGGUUAAUUUUAACUUUCAAUCAGCCUUUGAUAUAUGUAUUUUGUGUUUUUUUUUUUUAAUACUUUAAAUAAGUCCACUUAAUAGUUGAAAAUGGAGAAUGAAAUAAAAGUCAAUAAUAAAAUAAUUUUUUUUGCAAAAGAAAUUAGAAAACUUGAA